GUUCUUCAGUUUAGUUCGCAUUGGUCUGGCCGCAUAGCCACGGCAGUAAGCGAGUAUUCUUGUGGAUAUUUGACAGAUACACUCGCGAUAUCUAUAUCAGAUCCAUCGAUUUCGACAUGAUCGUGCGCUAGUUUGAAAUAAUUGACAUAUCGGCGAUGGUGUUACGCAAAAGUGACAAAAUGUGUUCCAAGAACGGAUAUAAGGAUUCCAAAGGUUCAUCACCGGAGUUGAUGCCCAGUAUUAUGGGCGCAUUUGACGCCAUUAUAGGAACCAGUACAAAUCACAAAGACAGCGAAUACGAUCACAAAACCAGCACGCCCAGACGCAGCCAUCAAAUCAGCAACUUCGCCAAUCUCUCUCCGUACGUUCAGAAAGUACUGUCCAACGUUCCCGAACAGGAAAUCAGCAAGAAGUUCACUUCAGACGAAACUUUGGGACCAAAAAGAUUCGGCAGCAAUAGAAGCGUGUACAGAUCGUUCAGAUCGCCAGAAAAGAGCCUUAAUAAAAGCAACGAACACUUGGAGAUCAUCUCCAGUAAUGUCCAAAAGAUGUUGUCCAAUUUGCCCGAUACUGAGUUGGUGAUCAGCGCUACAAACUUAACUUUGACCAAAAAUAGUUCCUACUUAUUCAGUUCUAAUAGCAGAACUGAGUUUUUAAAUAAAAUACUGACCAAUGGGGAGGGUGGUGACGAGACGUUGAACGGGGAUGGAAAGACAAAUGGAGUUAAACAGUUUUUGUACCAUUCCGAUGGGGUUGGUAAGGGAGAGAACGGUUACGUGAACGGUGUUAGUGAAAGUGAACAAUUUGAAGACUGUGAUAGUUAUAAUCCACGACCUUUGGGUAGUUAUUUGCAUUCAUCCCUUGGGAUUGCGUCGAGGACGCCGGUUGGGAGGAAGAAUUUGGGGAAAUACUUACAGGUUCCAAGUGAAAGUAGUGUCGGUAACACCAGCAGUACUGCUUCAUCGGAAGUGUCUAGGCCCGUAUCCUUAACCAGCUUAGGUUCGUGCUCUUCUAGCGGGAGUAGUGGACACAAUCAGGCAGGUUCUGCUUACUUAGCAUCAGCGGAGAGUCUGGAUAGUGAUCCCGAACCUACAGGAAGCCAAGGGUCUGCUGAUAGUGGUAUUGCAGAACAGGAACAGCCUUCAGUAAGUCCUGAAUCCAGGGUACUUCAAGAAGUUUUAGAGACUGAAACCGUAUACGUAGAAGACUUGAAUGAAGUAAUUGAGGGGUAUUUAGCGCCUUGGAAGGCUGAUCCCGAUUGUCCUUUGGCUGACCAUUUACCGCAUCUUUUUAGUAAUUUAGAAAAUAUUUAUAAAUUUAACAAAUCAUUCUUAGAAGACUUAAAACAAGCCGAAGGUGAAGCCACAAAAACUGCCAAUUGUUUUCUACACCACGAUUCCGGGUUCUCAGUGUACAACGAUUACUGUCAAAACUACCCUCGUACCAUGGAAGUUUUAGGAAAGCUGACCAGAGAUGAAAAAAUGGCCCCGUUAUUUAGAGAAAAACAAAUUUCUCUGGGUCACGCUUUACCAUUGGGUUCCUACCUAUUGAAACCAGUACAAAGGAUAUUAAAAUAUCAUCUAUUAUUGCAGAGACUAUCGAAGCAAUGCGAAGCCAACCACAAACCCGCAGUCGAUUUGGCCCUCACCACGAUGACAGGUAUCGCCUCCGACAUCAACAACAUGAAACGCAAACACGAAGACGCUGUCAGAGUACAAGAAAUCCAAGCACAACUGUACGGGUGGAACGGACCCGACCUUACCGCCCUCGGAGAACUGAUAGCCGAAGGAACGUUCAGAGUUGUAGGCGCCAGAGGCAGAAGGCACGUUUUCCUUUUCGAGAAGGUACUGCUGUUGGCUAAGAAUAAGCAGGGAGGUGCUCUGGCUUAUAAAAGUCAUAUAAUGACUUCAAAUUUGAUGUUGGUAGAACAAGUCAGAGGAGAACCGCUAUCAUUUCAAGUCAUCCCUUUUGACAACCCUCGAUUGCAGUCGACCCUUAAGGCCAGAUCGCCGCAGCACAAAAGGGAGUGGACCUUGCAGAUAAAAAGGGUGAUCUUGGAAAACUACACUGCCGUCAUACCCAACCACGCCCGACAGUUGGUUUUACAAUUGGGACAGGACUUGCACGAAACCGAAGAUACGAACAACGAUAAAUGGUCCCCCCUUAAACAGCACUCUACCCCCCACUACCUGGAACGACGAAGCAGAGCGAGAAAAACCCGCGACUUCGGCAGUAGACGAGCAGCCUCGCAAGACAGAUCCUUCCCAACGCUGGCCAACUGGCGUAGAAAGUCCGAACCGAGCAUGAUACCUCAGUACAACCCAGUCAAAUCCAUUUCGAAGAUCAGCAAACCGAAAAAGACCAAAGACACGCAAAGCGCGACGUUCUACACCGAUCUGUCGGAUUCUGAACACUGCCCUGACGAAUCGUUGGACAAUCUACGAGAAGAUGGCGUCGAAGUAGCAGCUGAAGCUGUAGAAGAAGAAAAGACUGAAAAUGAUACCGUGAAGAAUAAUCUGGAAAAGAUCGUUUCCGAUAUUUUGUUGCAGAAUCAAAACUUCCAUAAAGCGUACUAUAGGCAGGUCAGCAGAAAGAGUGUGACAAGUGAUCCUUCUUCAACGUGGUACGAAGAAAAGGUUAAAUUACCUGCAAAAGCUGACUCCUUGCCGAGGUCUUUCCAACUGUACGAUCAACCGGAUUCUAAAGAUGGCGUUGAAUGUAAGAACGAACGGUUGGUGCUCGAUAUGUCAUUGAAAGAGAACCCUGAUACCGAUGUUGAAGAGCAGCAAGAAAAUGAUCUCUCUUCUCAAUUAGAUGACGCCGAACAUCCUGAUCACAAAAUUUAUCGAAAAACCGCCAUCCGAUUUAGUAUUCUGCAAAGGAUUCGUCAUAUCAUGUCCGAGGAGCAACGACGCAUCCAAAAAUAUCCCAUCCACAAGCAAGGUUCGAAGAGUAUGGGCGAAAAAAUCGCUCAUCCAGACUACGUUGAUCCUCAGAAACUUUUCUGUGGUUCGGCUAGCUGCAGUCAGGUUGAUCUGUCCCUUUCCGAGGACAAAAACGAGGACAGCGACAUGCUGGGAGAACCAGAACGACUUGACUUGUCGAUCAGCGAAAAAGACGUACUUAACGAAUUGGAAAAGAGGUUAAACGGUGAAAAUGGCGUCACGGAUACGGGCCAGAGUGCUGCCAAUUCUAGUCAAAGCUUCAAUUCUAGUCACAAUUCCGAUAGUUAUUACGAAUGUAUCCUCGAGGAUUCCUUAAAGGAAGAGUUUGUCAAGGAUGCCACAGGAAAAUUGGUAGCCAAACAAGACUCCUUCAGCAGUUCAGAGGGCAAAACCUCACUCUCCCCUAAAUCGCACUUAGAUAAACGACCAAUCAUAAAAAGGCCGAAUAAAGCACCACCUCCGGUGCCACAGAAACCCGUGAGGCUGAGUCUCAAGGGCCCCGCCAAGAUCGUAACGACGAAAACGAGUACCAAGACUGUAACGAAAGAGACUAUUAAAGAGAGUUGUACGAGUUCCGGGGGCAGCAAAGAAGAUACGGAAAUGACCAGCACUAGUACGGCUACUAGUUCUAGCGCUAGUUGGGUCAAGGCGAUGGUUGGACGAUUCGAAUGAUUGUAGGAGUAGGUUUAGUUGGUCAAUCGAGUAGUUUUGUUUAUAAAAAUAGAGGAAGGUCACUAAUAUA